UCAAGGAGCGAGUUUGUUGCUCCGCAGCUCAUGGUAUAUACGGUGCUCUGUGCGUCGUCUCCACUCAAACUUUUAAGAAGUUUAAAAAGCUUCCCAACAAAGUAACUUUAUUUUUUUAAUCGUUUGGUAACUUGGCUCGUGAUGUCUGGCGGACAGAAGGAGGGACAAGAGGCUAUGAACAUGUACAGUGUUACCCUCAGCGGCCCAGCGCCGUGGGGCUUCAGGCUGCAGGGAGGAAAGGACUUCAGCAUGCCCCUCACCGUGUCCAGGCUUACUCCGGGUGGGAAGGCAGCUCAGGCCGGAGUUGGGGUGGGAGACUGGGUGGUCUCAAUCAGUGACACCAAUGCUGAGGAAAUGACCCAUGUGGAAGCACAAAACAAGAUUAGAGCGGCAACAGACUCCCUGACCCUCAGCCUCAGCAGAGCUCCUAAAACGGGUGAAGACAGGAAGGACUCGCUUACUGCGCCUUCUGCUCAGCCAAAGUACUCCUUUGCCCCGAGCUCAACCAUUAACAAGAUGGCGAGGCCGUUUGCAGCAGGUGGUGCUAGUGCCUGCUCAGGACCAGUUAUUAAACCUGUGGCCUACUCACCUAAACUUAACACCGCGCGCUCACAGGGCCAUGCCAGCACACCGCAGCCACACAACGGCCUUGAGCCAACUCCCCCCUCUGCCAAGAUCCAAACUGCAGCUCAACCAGAUGGCUCCAAGACGGCGGCGGCGGGCGGUUCUGGUCCGUCCUGCCGACCMCCGUGGGUCACCGACCCCGGAUUCGCCGACCGCUACCGCCCGGAUAAAAGCAGCACGGUGGUGACCCAGCACCAGCAGCUGGUCCAGCCCACYCCCAUGGAGAACCGCAGCUCCAUCCUGCAGGCGGCGCAGCAGCRGCCCGAAGGCAGCGGGAGGACCCCCGUCUGCGGCGCCUGCAACAAAAUCAUCAGGGGCCGGUACCUGGUGGCUCUGGGACGCUCCUGGCACCCAGAAGAGUUCACCUGCUCACAGUGUAAGUCGGUCCUGGAGGAGGGGGGCUUCUUCGAGGAGAGGGGCUCCGUCUUCUGCACCAAGUGUCACGAUAACCGAUACGCUCCCAACUGCGCCAAGUGCAAGAAGAAGAUCACAGGGGAGAUCAUGCACGCUCUGAAGAUGACCUACCACGUCGAGUGUUUCAAAUGUGCUGCCUGCAAAACUGCCAUCAGGAACCAGGCCUUCUACAUGGAGGAGGGUGAACCCUACUGUGAGAGAGACUACGAGAAGAUGUUUGGCACCAAAUGCCACGGCUGCGACUUUAAGAUUGAUGCCGGCGAUCGCUUCCUGGAGGCCUUGGGCUACAGCUGGCACGACACGUGCUUCGUCUGCGCCCUCUGCCAAAUCAACCUGGAGGGGAAGACGUUCUACUCCAAAAAGGAUAAGCCCCUGUGCAAAGGCCACGCUUUCGCUCCAGUGUGAGGGGAGCCAGCCACGGCUUCUCCCUCCACCUCCUCAUUAUCCCCACCCCCACCCCUCUUCACCAGCCACACACAGAGUUCAGCUCAAGCUUCUCUUCUAUCCUGAAGACUUUGUUUUUAUACUCCAGACUUAACGCCCAGCCCCACCGUCCUCCUCGCGGUGCCUGUAAACUCUCACGCUGUGUUCCAUAACCGAGACGAGUUUAAAACGAUUUUCCAAAAAUACCCCCACCCCCACCCACACCCGUUCAGAUUUAUCAGCAGCUGUCAGUGAAGAAAUGUCCCCCACUCAUCCUGGUUUUGGUCUGAAGAGACUUCAAGUCCGUCUCCUCCACUCUGAAGGAGUCAUGGAGCCUCUAAUAAUCACAGAUUGAGGUAAUGAGCUGCCCGUUCUCCUGCUGGAGACGCAGAGAAGUGCUGACCCRGUGCAGGACCCCCUCCGGCCCACUCAUCAGCUACAGCAGCUUCAUUUGAUAAAACAGAAGCCGGUCGAGCAGAAAAAGGACCUGUUUCUGUCAGAUUAAAAUUUAUAUAAAACUGCUGAGGAUGUGAGCUGAGUGCAGCUUCAUUUGGAUCAUUCAUCAGAAUAAAAUCCACAAUUUGUCACUUUUUUAAUGUUAAAAUUAAUGGAGAACUUGAUGUUUUAAAUGUUUUACAUUCCUGCAAUAAGACCAUUUGCAUUUAAGAUCACAGUUUUGGUUGUAUAAAUACAACUAAAACUGUGAUCAAAACUGUGACAUAAAUGUCAGGAAAAUCCGUUCAGUAGAUAAUUUUUACGUUGCUGCCUGUAAGUGUUGUGCUUCACAGUUUUCACUUUAAACACUGUUUAGUAAAAACUGAACUCAUUUUUAACCAUAUUUGUAAUAACUAACAGCUCUGCUAAUAAAGCAACCUACUGUUUUUACUCAA